GGAUUUUCGUUUUGCUGAUAAUCAGAGCCUAAAACGUUGAUUAUUAUAAAAAGAAAACGGAAGCGGUUGCAGUGCAGAAUGCAGAGAGCUCUCUAGUCUCUCUCUACAGUCUACACUACACUCUCGAACCACAUAGAAAGCCAGUUCCUUUUCAUCCGCCAUCGCUCUGCUGCUUCAGUCACUCAAGAAUCAGAGAUGGAGACGAAGCCGAUCGAGAUGAGCAGCUCGAAGAUGUUCGGAGGGUACAACAAGAGAUACAAGCACUACAGCCCAACCCUGGGUUGCUCCAUGACCUUCCACGUCUAUUUCCCACCGUCAUCUUCGCCUUCCCAGAAGUUCCCUGUGCUUUACUGGCUCUCUGGCCUUACCUGCAAUGAUGAGAACUUCAUAGCUAAGUCAGGGGCGCAGCGUGUUGCAUCAUCUGAGGGUGUCGCAUUGAUUGCUCCCGAUACAUCACCAAGAGGACUGAAUGUGGAAGGAGAGUCUGAAAGCUGGGAUUUUGGUGUCGGUGCUGGAUUUUAUCUCAACGCCACACAAGAAAAGUGGAAGAACUGGCAAAUGUACGAUUAUGUUGUGAAGGAACUGCCAAAACUUCUGACCGAGAACUUCCCUCAGCUUGAUACAUCCAGGGCGUCCAUAUCUGGUCAUUCAAUGGGGGGACAUGGAGCUCUCACUAUCUACUUGAAAAACCUCGAUAAAUACAAGUCAGUAUCUGCUUUCGCACCGGUUUCCAAUCCUGUAAACUGCCCCUGGGGCCAGAAAGCAUUCACUAACUACCUUGGUGGCAAUAAAGCAGAUUGGGAGGAAUAUGAUGCUACAUGUCUUAUCUCCAAGUUCCAUGAUGUAAGGGCUACCAUUCUGAUUGAUCAGGGGGAGGACGACAAGUUCCUGCAAGAGCAGCUGCUGCUGAACAAGUUUGAGGAAGCAUGCAGGAGCGUGGGAGUCCCUCUUCUUCUAAGAAGGCAGCCCGGCUAUGACCAUUCUUACUUCUUCAUCUCCACUUUCAUCGAAGACCACAUCCGCCACCAUGUUCAAGCCUUGAAUCUGUAGCUCCCUGUCUUACUGAGAUCCGGGUCUGGUUUGUUAGUAGCUGAGUUGUUUGCUCCAAAUCCCCGACUUUAGAUGAGUUUGCUUUUCAGUGGUUCUAGCCCACCGUCCUCCUUUGUCAAAUGUAAUACAAUUAUUAUGUUUAAGCUUGCUUCUGGAAGAUGUGGAUGCUAAAUAUAAUUAUCACUAGGCUCAUUACU